CAGGGGCAGGAGGGGUGAACGUCCAGGAAACACAUAGUAGACACAGCAGCAGCACGGAGGAACGUCUCUGCCACUUCAACAGGAUCCUUUUGGAAGGUUAGUCUGACCACGCCGCUGCUCCUCCACACUCUGAGAACCUGAUCUGCCCGUGCUAUGAGAGGAGAGAGUAAGAGAAUACGCACGAUGAGAGAAGUCCUCCAUGGAGCUUGAUGGGACUUUAGGACCGAGGUAUCUUGUGACACCCCCCUAAGUCAUCCUUCAAAAAACUAUUUGGAUCUUGAAGUUUACUGGAAAGCUGACAUGGAGCACUGCAGGUAACUCUGAGGGAAGGAGUGAGUAGAAGAAAGACAAGACAAGUAGGAAGGUUUGGUUUCUGAGAUCCUCGUCGACCACCCUGCUUCUUAACUGGAAACUCUGGGAUCUGAAACAUGGAUGUCACUACAGAAGGUGUUCAGGACUCCCUGGUUCAAUUCAAGUCCACCUUGCAGGCUGCGGUAAAGGAGGUGCACGUGGACGUUAGUGCGUUCAAGCAGCGUAUAGAACAGAGGAUAGACGAGCUGUGCGUUUCCAAUGGCCCCCUGGCCGAGGCGGUGACCCGGCUGGAGGAGGAGAACCUGCAGCUCAGAACCAGGCUGGAGGUUCUCAGCCGCCUGGUGGAGGGUAUCGCCGGACUAACAGUCGACAGGAGUCCUGCUGAAGUGAAGGGGAAGAACGAGGGGGGGAAAAGUUUAGAGAAUGGACAUGCACAAAUACAAUCCAAGACCCAGGGAGACAAGACGGGUUCGUCUGGGAGGUCCGAAGACAGCCUGUCGAGUCUGUCUUCAUACUCUGAUCCAGCUGGGUCCAGUGGAGGAUCGGGCCACGCUCCUGCUCCUGCUCCUGCUCCUGCUCAUGGUGCUGGUCCCAGAAACACCCCGGCACCUCCUCCGUGGAGAGCAAAGAGACAUGCUGACCUCAACGGCACUGACGCGAAGGGAGAGAAGAAAGUCACCGCAGCUCCAGAGGAGAACGGGAAACGAGAAAGCUCCUCAGUGGAUGUUGGUGAUGCAGCUGGAGGUGAUGGAGCCGCUCCUCAGUCUCAUCAGCCUCUCGCCUCCGUCACCAAACCGAACCCUGAAGUCAUCACGAGUUCCCCUCAGACGGCAGCGGAGACACAGAAAGGGACAGAACAGGAAGAAUCAGCUUUUCUGAACAAACCCCCCUUUCCGCUCACGUCCAUGACAAAAAGCAGCUCCGAGGCUCCUUCUCUCUCCCAGUCUCCAGCCUCUGUGGCUCCAGUAAAACCAGUGGAGUCUGCUGCUAAAUGUGAUGCUGACGAACCUCUGCCGCAUCUGCCCGUCACUGCCAUGAAAACCAAACCCGGUCCUGAGGCUCCGCUGAGCUCCAGAUCUGCUCAGGGUCCAGCAGCAGAGCCCAGAGCUGCAGAGGCUCCAGCUGCCACUGCACCUGGAGCGAAGGACCCCAGGUCCCAGGUGUCCCAGGAGCAGCCGGGCUCUGGAUCUCAGGCUCUGCCUCAUCUUGCUCUCACGGCUGUGAAUCCUUCGAUACCUGAAUCCCUGACGACAAAGCGAGGAGGAUAUCCAUUUAGACGUGACGCUGGUGAACCCAAACCACACUUUCCUCUUCCUGCUGCAACCAAACCCAACACAGAGUCUUCGUCAUCAGCUUCACCAGCUCAGUCGUCUCCGGGUCUGUCAGCGUCAACGGACCCGACAUUGAAACCUGGAGAAUAUCCCUUUAAACGUAUGCCAGUUCUGAAAACACCCAGUCCCAGUCUGAAGAGAAGUGUGAGCUUCCCUCAGCCUGCAGAAAAAUUACUUCCCUCCAAAUCCAUCAUCAAAUCUGGUUUCUCACCUAAUUUGGACAAGAAGGCGAACAAACCCGGAGGAGUUGAGUUCAAACAGGACCUGAUGAAGUCUCAGACACUCCCCCGCUCCAACGGGGCUCAGGCCAAACGAGCGCUCUUUGAAAGGAUGAACUCAGAACCAACCAAGCCGAAGGACUCGAAGCCCAAACUGAAGCGCUCUCAGAGCUUCGGAGUCUCCAGUGCCACCGGGAUCAAACAGAUUCUCUUGGAGUGGUGCCGCUCGAAAACUAUUGGAUAUCAGAACAUAGACAUCCAGAACUUCUCGUCCAGCUGGAGCGACGGGAUGGCGUUCUGUGCCCUGGUUCACUCUUUCUUCCCUCUGGAGUUUGACUACAACGAACUGAACUCCGCCAACCGCAAACACAACUUAGCGCUGGCGUUCACCACUGCAGAGGAGCAGGCCGACUGUCUCCGCCUGAUCGAGGUGGAGGACAUGAUGGUGAUGGGCGACAAGCCAGACCCCAUGUGUGUGUUCACAUACGUCCAGUCGCUCUACAGCCACCUGAAGACGUUUGAAUAACUCUGUAUCAGAGUAGAUGAAGAAGUCCAGAUGUUUUUUAAACCACAGUGUGAUGUGAACACUUUUGAUCGGCUGAAAUAAUGUGAAGCCCGAAAAUCAGCCUCUGACAAUGAAAACCAAUAAGAAAUCACUGUUGUUCAAAUCACUUCAAUCCCAUUUGAUCAGUUUUAUACUGUGUGUGUGUGUUCACCCUCAUUUCCUUCAGUAUUUAUUGCAGACAACUGAUUCUAAAAAUGCUUCGUCUUACGACGUGUGUGGCUCCGAUUGUUUCUGUAUUUACAAAAAAGGCUUUUUGAAAUGAAAGAAGAUAAAAGGAAGUGAAAGAAAAAGUUAAUAGUUUGUAAAACGGCUGUCGACAGUGAUGUGAAUGAGUGAAGUUACAUAUGGGAGAUUUAUGAAGUGUCGAGAUGCUGCAGGAACAAUAAAUGGAAGUUUUGCCUUUUGAAUCUUGAAAUAAAGCAGUUUUCUAAUGAUU